CCGACUCUGCGGAGGACAGUUAUCAAAUCAUGAGUGAUCGUGGCCCUAUAAACACCACAAACGGUGACUAACGGAGUACGCGUCUAUAUAAACAUUAUUACAAAAAGUCUAAAGACAGUAGGCGUCAAUAUAAACAUUAUUACUACAAGGGACAAGAAUUGAGAAUGAAGGUUAGUUUUUACUUCAAUCUUUACUUUAUUAACCUGAUUGAGACUAUUAAUUUUAAACAAGUCCUUGAAAUAUUGAGACUAUUAGUUUUAAACAUGUCCUUGAAAUAUGUAUCAAGGCUGUUUCUCUCACAAUUGACUGCUUAUAUUUGCUUGGGGAGGCGUGAAAUACUGUAAUAACAUGCGUCGCUCAGACGGUGUUUUGGCUCGGAACGCCAGAAAGUUCAACUUCAGGCUUGUGAAAUAGAAUCUUGCAAUAUUGUAUCAAUCACAUAUCUAUUUAUUUAUAUUCAGUGAUAACAGCGUUCCUUGGGACACUGAAGUGAUUAUACCUGGGGUUUCUGAUUUACAGAUGUAAUAAAACUACUUGUAUACAAUAUAUUCUUGAAUUUCAUGACUGGGCAUUAUAUGCAUAUCAAGUAUUGCGUAUCAUAUUUCAAAGUUCAUUCUGUAUAGAAAUCCCUAAGUAUCACGAAUUUAUGCUUACAAAGUAAACUAUUAUUUAUGUGCUAGUAACAUAGUGAAUUGUUUAAUGUAACUCAGUAUUUUCUUAGGGUUGGGAAUUUGCUGAUUUUUUGGUCAGCAUUUCUUGACCUUGAAUUACUAUUUGCAUAAUUAUUUUGCAAAAUUUAUUUGCGUAAGUAUUUGCGUAACUUGCUGCCGCGGGGAUUUCCCUCAGAUUGGUAGCCUGCGAACAGGCUCUUUGAAAGAGAGUUCAAAGAGAGCCUGGUCGCGGCAGCUCUCCCGAUUUUCUAGAUUUGCCAUUUCUGUUGAAUAAAAUAGUAUCAAAUAAUGUUUCUUUCUACUUUCGUUCUCUUAUAUUUAGAUGAAGGAGAGAUGGAAGUGGUUCUGCACUGACUGCACACUUUUGUUUUUAUAUUUUAUUACAUUAUGUAUGUAUACUAUGUAUACUUUGAACUUUAAUUUUCUAAUACCCAGACCUAGCUGUUAACCUUCAAAUUUUAAAACAGGGAGAUUUCGCUUUUUAGCCCUUAAUUCUUAAAAUUAUAAAAAACUGCGAGAUUUUAUCAAAAACCGGGAGAGCAAAAUUAAAGUCAUAUGCAGCGUUCAAACAGUAAAAAAUUCUAAUAAUUUUCCCGGCUUUAUAAUCAUUAUAAUUGCAUUCGCUUCAACAACUUGUUUAAUUUAAUUUAAUGCUAACAUGACAAGAAUGCAACUAGUUUUCAUGAUUCCAUGUUACAUCAUCCUUACAAUAAUCUACUUAUCGCUUAUAGGCGAAAGUAGAUAAAAAAGCCGAACACUUGUAGUUCAUAGAGUAAGUUUCAGCUUGGACACAAGUGAUUUUCACACGAUUACUAUUUCUUGCCAGAUAUUUGAAUCUGGAAAAUAUUCCAUUACCUCAUAACAAUUAAAACAAGCAACCGGGAGAAAAUAUCUUGAUACCGGGAGAAAAAGGUCAAAACCGGGAGUCUCCCGGCAGCACCGGGAGAGUUGACAGGUCUGCAUACCUUGAAAAAUCUGACUGAUCAUUGUCAACCUCGUAACGAGGUUAGAUCAUUGUGAAAUAGUCAUAAAUAUUUUUAAAACAUUGAAUAAAUAAAUAAGCAUCACACAAUUUUAAAUGUCAAGUAAAUGUUCCAUAUCAACGUACAAAUGAAUAAAAAAUAUUCUUCAGUGUUUUUGCUGAGCCGAGUCCAUUUUCCAAGGAUUGAGUAGUACAUGCACAAACUAUAUGAUCGUAUUCCUUAUUUACGAACCAUCUUGAUUUUUUCAUGUUUUGUUUUUGUUUGUUUCAAAUCAAGGCGUUUCUACACAUGACCUGUAUCCUACAUUGGCACAGCAAAAUGGAGGUAUAAAUUAAUACACUAUUUCAGUACAAUUCAAGUAAAGAAGUCACAAUGACAAGACAAAAUGGCUGUAAAAUGAUAUUUCCUCAAUUUAGUAGAGCCAGUAGCGUUUUUUACACAGAUCCUCAAAUUUGGUCACUGGUAUACCGUAAACCUCCGUCUAUAAGCCCCCACCGAAUAUAAGCCCUCCACAUAUACUAACGCUCACCUCAGUCCAAAUAUAAGCCUCCCCGAAUAUAAGCCCUCCAAAUAUAAGUCCCCUGAAUAUAAGCCCAGUAGCCCACUACGUUAUUCAAGUAAUUCAACAUUGACAUUGUCUUUUAAUAUAGCAAAGAACGAUAUUUAAAAACAUUGUCAUUGUUUUGAUAGCCGACAAUGUGAAUCAAAGCGCGUUAUUAUUAAAUAAUACAUGUUUAUUUUCCUGUUUAUGACUAAUUUGUUUAUGUCCGACUUGUUUAUUACUAACACAAAAAAUCGUCCACGUAUAAUUACCCCCCCCCGUAUAUAAGCGCCCCCCCUGUAUUCUAUGCCCAGGGCUUAUAGUCGGAGGUUUAUGGUAUUUAACAAGACGCUCUGCGGAGCGUUAACUCGCUGGGGAGUGGGGCCAUACAACAACGCACAUUAGUGUACAAUCGAAUACGAGCGUGAAGUACUUUUAGUACUUCUACAUCUUUGCAUUUUAGUACUUUAUAAAAACAGUACUAAAAUGCGGUAGGCCCUACAAGUAAAGACUAAAGUUAUAUUUAGUACGCUACAUUCUUCUUCAAAACUGUCAGCCGCCAGUUGGUCUAGGAUUAAACUGUGCUUUAAAACAUUCAAAAUAAAAUAUUUUGGGGGCUUUUUGGCUCAAAAUACUAUCAAUUUCGCUUCAUUUUCAAAGGCCAUAAAUCGCUAGAAUACUGGUGUUUAGUAAUACACUUGUAAGUACAAUUAAUUUCUUACGCUGAAUCGAACGGUGUGGCUUUCUUCUCAAAAUAUAAAAGCAGCGCAGCCAAACGUAUUAUAUAACAGUCGAAGGUUGCUGUUUCCAUGUCGAAAUUCCUUGUAAAAUUGUUCAAUUUUCCCAAAUUUUCCUCAAAACGCAGGGUUAUUUAUGGAUAAUUUGGGUAAAAAUUGGCAGAAGCCGCAGGAGCUUUAUGGAUAAUUUGGGUAAAAAUUAGGGAGCUCAUUAAUAUUCUAUUUUGUGGCUAUCGAUCUUCGAUCCACGAUCCGAGAAAAAUGCGAGCCGAAACCUAUACUCGCCCGGGCCCCGGGGCACAAGUGCCCCAGCGAGUAAUUAGGACUUUUAUUAUGAAGUCUUAGAAUGAAUAUAACUGAUGAUGCCAUUUUCCACAACAAUUUUAGCAUGUUUCAUCAAGGAAUGUAUAAAGAAUGUCAAGGGUGAUGACAUGAUGGUAAACUUCACCACUUCGACACCAGCAAAUAAUUACAUCGGUACAAACAUCACAGUAACAUGUGACAAAAAGAUAAUGCGUGUUUGUGAAGCGUGGGUUUCGAAAUCAAACGACAAUCGCAAUCAAACAUGUAUAUUGACGAUCAGUGCCACUUCGGACCAUGGCAGCAUCACUGUCAGCAAUGGUGCGAAAUAUAUGUCUUGCAAAGUAGAGAUAGGGUUCUACAAGGGUGUGCAAUGUGUUCGAGGUGCCAAUGAUCACCAAGAGAUAGUAGAAGCAUUAUAUGGAGGUUGGUAUGAACAUAGUUAAUAGAGGAGAUGGUUUGGAAACCUAUUAGCAUUACAAUAAACCUCACUAUCUAUGUUUUUGUUCAGGUUUAUGCAAAAAUGUGGUCUUUCAUCGUCACGUGCGUAUUGUAUUGUUGCUCAACCAGCCAAUAGCAACGGUUUUGUCCAAUUGCCCAUCCAUGACUUUAACAAUAGGAUAUUUUGAACAUUCCUAUUGGUUGACAUGAGAAAAGUACAAUACGCACGUGACGAUGAAAGACCACAUUUUUGCAUAAACAUGAACAACAUAGAUAAUAAGGUUUAUUGUGAUUUUAUUGUAAUGCUAACGAGUUUCCAUGGUAUGGUAUGGUAUGAAUAAACUUGCAUUUAAACAUGUAUGUAACCUCGUACCCAGGGCCUGCUCGCCCGAUUUUUUAAUAUGGCCGCACAAUCUAGUUCCCCGAGCCUGCGAUCCUCGGGAAGGAAUCGAAGGCUCGAAGGCUCUGGGAUAAUCCGUUACCGGAAGCCAAGAAUCCUGGCUAAGAUUGAACUACGCAUUCCAUUUCAAUGGCCAAUCAGAUUCCUCCCUGAAACGGAUUAUCCCAGAGCCUCGCGUUCCUUCCCGAGGAUCGCAGGCUCGGGGAACGAGAUUGAUGGCCGCAUUAAAAAAUCGGGUGGGCAGGUCCUGGGUACGAGGUUGACGUUUUUGUAGAACUGUUUGCAACAUGGGUUACAAGAGAAAACCAAGAUACAUGGACAGGCGUAUUUUUCAAGCUUGCCCUGUGUGGAUAUACACUCAGAGUAACAUCACAAACAUCAAAUUACCUAGGUGCAUGAUACAAUUCAGCAACAAAUACUGUUAACAUGUCCAUGACAAUUUUUUAAUAUAUUAGUCAUUAAAUAUUGUAUCUACAAUCUAUCUGAAUAUUAACAAUUUAUGGAACAUGUUAGGUGGAGUCCCUAUUGAGCAGUCAUCACGAAAUCCCACCAAUGCUGGUCCCACCAAUGCUGGUACCCCCAACGCUAGUCCCACCAACGCUAGUACCACCAACGCUAGCAUCACCAAGAGCGCAGGAGGAGCAGUGAAAGACAGCACCAACAUUACACCAACUACUUCAGGUAAAACACCUUAAGAUUGACGUUUACGGCAAACGUCAAACCGCUGGCGAAGUUUUUGAUUUUACAACUCUAUUAUAAUAGCUUUUACACCAGUUUUGAAAUAUGUUAAACAAUUAUUAAACUUGUGCUCUUUAGCAAUGAUUUAAGAAAGCAAAUUAACCACUAGUCAUGUAUUCCCCAAAGCAGUAAAUUAAGAUCUGGCGUUUGAAGUCGACGUAUAAAUUUUAUGCUUGAACUGCUACGAGAGCUUGUAGUCGUUCAAGCACGAAAUUUAUACGCCAAACGUCAACUUCAAACGCUAAAUCUUAAUUUACUGCUUUGGUGAAUACAUGACUAGUGGUUAAUUUCCUUUCUUAAAUCAUUGCUAAACACCACAAGUUUAAUAAUUGUUUAACAUAUUUCAAAACUGGUGUAAAAGCUGUUAUAAUAGAAUUGUAAAAUCAAAAACUUCGCUAGCGGUUUGACGUUUGCCGUAAACGUCAAUCUUAAGGUGUCUACUAUAUCACGUUUUUGUUUUGAGGACACACCACGAUUUUGUAAACCAGCAGGUCCAGCAUGAUCAAUGCUUUCUCAUUUCCAAUACAGUACAUGUACUUUUUUGCACGAUUACAGGAGCAUUAUGCAUAACUUAUAUUACUUCUUCGUAAUAAAUGUUUUUAUUACUUUCUCUAUUAUAGAUAAAACAACAAAGGUCCAAUCAUGUGCUGCAGCAAAGAAUACAUUAUGUAUCAGUCUAAUGCUUGCUCUCAUUUUUUGGAGCAUUUAUUUUUAAAAUAGAUCUAAAUAGUUAUCAUAUUUUUUUGAAAUAGGUACGUAUUUUUUUGAAAUAGAUACUUAUCCUAUUUUUUAAAAAUAGAUCCUAUUUUAUAUAGUAUACUGUAUUUAUAUGGUAGGUAUACAACAUUCCAAAAAGUGAAAUUUAAUUGUUUUUGUUUGUGGAAACACCACGUAAAUUUAUUACUGCAGUGAAAUUUACUAGUGACAGGUAUUAAUAAUGCAAUACAUGUUGUGACAUAUGCAAAUUAUUGAAAAAUAUUUUAUUUACCAUUGAAAUUUCUGACAUACCCAAGGUAUGGAAUACAUAGAGAAUAAUACAUGGGUGUGCGGAAAUACCAGAUUUAUUUCGAGAAAUAAAUCUGGUAUUUGUAAGCACCCAUGUAUUUUUCUGUUUAUUAUAUAAACAAAAUUGAAAAACAAAACAUCCGUGGCAAUGCGUUUUACAACAAUUUCUCCGAUUGGUCAAACAUAUUUCCUAGGUGCUUUUUGAUUGGCUUGGAAAAAUGAGAUUUCCACACGUAAAAAUAUCGUAUUUUUUAUGUGUUUUUAAAUACGAAUUUCCUCAGUGGCCAAAAACUCUAUAUAACACUUAUGUUUAUAUAAUAAAGGGUGUUUACUAACACUAACAGUCCUAACACUGAGUUGACUGAUAGCUAGCCUUAAACUAUGAAAACUAAUACAGAUAUAGUUUGAUAAUGUUCAGAAAAUUUUGACAUGUAUGUCAUGUUUGUAUGAAGGGUAGCAACUUUUAUCCAAUGUGAAAAAGUGGUGAAAGAAGAUGCAACCUAACCAUGUAUAUGUUGCAUGUAGUUUUGGAUAUUCUUUAAAAGGUUGUAUAAUUCCACUUUCAUUCACUAUAAAUUGUAAAUAUUUUUCUACUGUUUAU